AUGCAGAGAGCCUCCACCAUCACCAUCGCCUUGCAGCGCAGGUCUACUGCCGCCCUUCUCUCCAGCGUCUCUUGUCGCGCCCUUGCGCCCGCCUCCCGACGAUACGCCGACCUGGGCGGACAGCUCAACAAGGAAUACGAGAACUACAUCAGGAAGGAGCGGGCGCUGCAGAGAGAGCUCGAGGGCAGCGACAAGCACAACGUGCAGGACCAGGCGAAGGACGGCGAGAGGCUGACCUCGCCAGAGGGCGCAGAGUCGGAAAAGCCGCUCAACCCCGGCGGACGCCAGUUCGGCGAGCCCCAGCCGCCGGAGAAGGUCACCGAUCCCAAGGAGCACGACCUCCCCCUCUUCUGA